GGUUGAAAAUUUACUUGCUGAACUUACCUAUAGAUUACACUUACCUCUUAUAACUAUAAACGCGUGUGCGAUAAUUUAUCAUAAAUUAAGUCUUCAUCUGCAGUUUUUGAUUCCGCGCAUCAGGUCCAGAUCCCUGCAUAUGGUACUUACCAGAAGCAAAGAAAAGAGUGUGGUGGGUGUAGUGUGGUCGUCGGCAACCUCGUGUACCAAGCCUGCGCAGACGACCGCAAGAAGUAUCGGUGGCGCGCGCGCAAUAGCCGACACUUCCAUUUUCCUGUGCAGGCUCGCUCUCUCGACCCAACGGCCGAGCACGUGUCUCUUUGUUGGCUGCACAAGCCGGUUUGAUUCCCAUCUCAGGACGUACCUGAACGAGCAGCCAUGAAUCCCGAGAAGUUGAAGAAACUCCAGGCGCAGGUCCGGAUCGGAGGCAAGGGUACCCCACGCCGUAAGAAGAAGGUCGUGCACGCAACGGCUGCUGCAGAUGACAAGAAGCUACAGAGCUCCUUGAAAAAGCUGGCAGUCAACACAAUACCGGGCAUAGAGGAAGUUAACAUGAUAAAGGAUGAUGGAACUGUCAUUCACUUCAAUAAUCCCAAAACACAGGCUAGUCUUACUGCAAAUACGUUUGCCAUCACCGGCCAUGGUGAGAACAAACAAAUCACAGAAAUGCUUCCCAGUAUUUUGAGCCAGCUUGGACCCGAAGGUCUCACGCAACUCAAGAGAUUGGCCAGCUCGGUAACUGGCAGUGCAGCCAACAAAGCUGCUCUAGAAGAAGACGAUGAAGUGCCUGACUUGGUAGAAAACUUUGACGAGGCUAGCAAAGAAGAGGUUGUAUCAAAGAAGACGUCUGCUAGUGAAGCUAGUGCAACUGCAGGGAAAAAAGAAGCUGCUAAGGCACCUGAAGAAUCAAAAGAGACUCCUCCUGCUAAGCAAGGAGCUUAAUGACGAGGAAUGAAAUUUUGAGAGACGUAGCUCUCGACAAUGAGCUUCGAAGUUUUCAAUUAUAUGAGUAAAGAAAGAUUACUUGUAAUCUACAAUCAAGAACACAAUACCUGAAUCGUUUACAUUGCAAAUAUGGAGGAUGAUCGAGAAUAUUGCUUGUAAAAUUUUAUUAUGAAGAACGAUGAUUGUAACAAAAAACUUAAAAAUCAGAAAUUUGGUGGAUAAUGUUUCGCUUCAGAUCUAUAUUCAUCAAAUUAUUUUUUAUAUUAUAAUCAUUUAAAAGAAAA